UGGUGGACACCUUGCUUUAAGUGAAAAAGUUGACUAAUGGACAGUGAACAUCACUCUUUAUAAAAUGCAAAUGGCUGCAGUACGUGAUGGAGUGUUUUAGUGCGCGAGUGGUCCUCUUCAUUUGGAUAUUUGGACAUGUGGCAAGACCAAAAUAGUGUAAUCGGCAUGGUUGUCAGUUCUGGGAUACACCAAGUCGAUCAAUUCGGCAUGUCAGAACUUACACCAGAGCAGCAGAGAAUUCUCAUUGACAUACGAAGGAAAAAGACUGAACUGUUACUUGAAAUACAGCAAUUAAAAGAUGAACUUGGUGAAGUUGUGGCAGAAAUGGAGUCAAUGGAAGGGGGUGGGCUCGCACCUGAUGAAUCGAAACCAUCAAAUAAAGCCAAACAGACGUCAAUCGGCAGAAAAAAAUUCAAUAUGGAUCCGAAAAAAGGUAUCGAAUACCUUAUUGAGCACAAUUUACUGGCAGCCACACCCGAAGAUGUCGCUCAGUUUCUCUACAAGGGUGAAGGUCUUAAUAAAACAGCCAUUGGAGACUACCUUGGCGAACGGCAUGACUUUAAUGAAAAAGUGCUACGUGCGUUUGUAGAACUUCAUGAUUUUACGGACCUCAUAUUAGUACAGGCAUUGAGACAAUUUCUUUGGUCAUUUAGACUGCCUGGUGAAGCCCAAAAAAUUGACAGAAUGAUGGAGUGCUUUGCCCAACGGUAUUGUCAACUGAAUACAAAUAUAUUUACCAACACCGACACUUGUUACGUUUUGAGCUUCGCUAUCAUCAUGCUAAACACAUCAUUACAUAAUCCUAGUGUCAAGGAUAAACCAAGUAUUGAGCAUUUUAUUACAAUGAAUCGGGGCAUUAACAACGGUGGUGAUCUACCCCGAGAGCUGCUACUUAGUCUGUUUGAAAGCAUAAAAACUGAACCGUUCAAGAUUCCUGAGGACGAUGGGAAUGAUUUGAUGCACACAUUUUUCAACCCAGACAAAGAAGGUUGGCUUUGGAAACAAGGUGGACGUUAUAAAAGUUGGAAAAGACGAUGGUUUAUCUUGAACGAUAAUUGCUUAUACUACUUUGAGUAUACAACUGAUAAAGAACCACGUGGAAUCAUUCCCUUGGAAAAUAUCCAAGUUCGAGAAGUACAAGACAGGAGUAAACCGCAUUGUUUUGAAAUGUUUGCGGCAGGCUCUGAGUUUAUCAAAGCGUGCAAGACUGACAGCGAGGGAAAAGUCGUCGAAGGUAAACACACAGUGUAUAGGAUGUCUGCCGCAACGGAUGAAGAAAAAGAUGAAUGGAUUAAAUGCGUCAGGCAAAGCAUAUCUCAUAAUCCGUUCUAUGAUAUGCUGGCUACUCGAAAGAAGAAAGCUCAAAAAACGAAUGUACACUCCAAGAGCUAGAAGCUUCUCUUUAAAGUGAUGUUUACAAAAAAUGUCAAGAUAGAAGCGAACAUCUUCAGCAUGAUUGUGUUCAUAUCCAGCUUCCGUAUUGAGUGACCAUUAUUGUGCCACAGCACAUCCAGAAACUGGGAUAAGAACAAAAUGUAUCCUGAAUUUUUUUUUUUUGGGUUUUUUUUUUGUAUUAAGAAACCAAGAAAAUAUUAGAUACAGACGUAACUGUUGAAUCAAUGUAUGAUCGUGUAAAAACAAUUUAGAGAUCACAUAAAUGGAUGCACGUAUGAAUAAUCGAAU